ACAACAACCGGUUUGUGUGAAGUUGUUUCGGCUCGGUUUCGGCUGAUGGGUCAGUGAAGGUGUUCGAUUUACGACAUUAGGAGCAUUCGACGAUUAUUUACGAGAGUUCUGAGCCGGAUACGCCGUUGGUUCGGCUUGGGUGGAAUAAGCAAAAUCCGAGGUAUAUGGCGACGAUUAUAAUGGAUAGCGCGAAGUUGGCUCUGUUGGAUAUUCGGUUUCCGACGUUGCCGGUUGUGGAGCUGCAGAGGCAUGAGGCGGUUGUGAAUGCUAUUGCGUGGGCGCCGCGUAGUUCGUGUCAUAUUUGUACUGCGGGUGAUGAUUCGCAAGCGCUUAUUUGGGAUUUGAGUUCUAUGGGGCAGCUGAUUGAAGAAGGGGUGGAUCCGGUUUUGGCGUGUACUGCGGGUGCCGAGAUUGAACAGUUGCAGUGGUCGUCUUCGCAACCGGAUUUAGUUGCCAUUGCUUUUGCAUCGAAGCUGCAGAUUCUGAGGGUAUGAUUGUGUUAAAAUGUUGGUCUUUUUUGUAAUUGUGUUUGGUUGGUUGCAUUGAUUUUAGGUUGACUUGUAGCCUAUAUAGAUUUGAGAAUACACUGACAUUUGCAUUUGCUUCUUACCCAUUUAAAUGCUUUUAGUU